AUGGCGGGCUUUGGACGAUCCAAUUCACUGAGCAUCAACACCGGUGGCGGCGGCGGCCUUUUUGGCAGCAACGCAUCCACACAGCAGACACCACAGCAACCCCAGCAGUCCGGCUCGCUGUUUGGCAAUCUGAACAAGCCUGCAACCACCGCGCCCGCAAGUGCGGGACUCUUUGGCGCGUCUACAGCGCAGCCGUCACAGCCCCAAAGCGGAGGUCUGUUUGGCGGCGCGCUGGGCGGAAAUACACAGAACCAGGCUCAGAGCAAUACUCAGUCAAGCGGUCUGUUUGGUGGUGCACAGUCUAAGCCCUCGCUAUUCGGCGCAUCCACUCAACCGGCAACCACACCCUCCUUGUUUGGAAACAACACCACCAACCAGCAGAACCAAACGUCCACCCCCUCACUAUUCGGCUCAACACAACAGCAGCCCCAGCAACAGCAACAGAGCACCUUGGGUGGAGGCAUGAACUUCCCCAACAGAUCCAACACUCUUGGCGGCUCUACACUUGGGGGGGCGCAGAUGGGCGCGAGCGCACAACCAGUCCAGUUGACCCUCGACUCAAUACGAGGAACUACACGAUUCAAUGACCUCCACCCCGAGCUACAAACAUUGAUCCAGCAGUUUGACGAGGGUGUUCAGCGAAAGAUCAACUACUGCAGCCAAAUCCGCGAAUCGCUCCCCGGCAAUGAGCGUGACAUCUCUAGCAUCGCGCCUGAUGUAGCUUAUAUCGAGGCCUUUCUCUCCACGGUUGAAGUGGGACUCGACAACGACUCGGCAAACAUUGCCCAUCUGAAAAGCCUCGUCAAGAAAGACGCCGAAGAUGCGACUUUAAGCUUCCGCGCAAUCGAAAAUCAGCGACUACCCGCCCAAUUUCAUUACCGCAACAACGGUAAUCUCACGGCCUCGAGUGCAAAGACACCAGCCACUAGUGCGCUCGACGACGAUGAUCCAACAAAGCCCGUGGAUCUGAUGAGCUAUUUUGACCGCCGAACUGACGAGCUUGGCCGCACCCUCGACGUGUACCAGCGACAAAUCCGCGAGAUUGAAGCCCAUUUGCGCACGAUGGAGGCGGGUACGGUAGAAAAGGCCCAGCAGUUGACGGGCAGCCGAAGUGCUCCACGCGACCAGCGACGCGAGUUGGUUGAAGCACUCAAGGCCAUCGAAGGCGCCAUCUUGGACUCUGCAAAGAAAGUGGGACAGGUCAGAGAUGAUGUCACUAAGCAGACGCUAGGCAGUGUUGGUGCUGCUCUGCUUUGA